AUGUUCCAACGAUUGAAAGGCGCAAUCGAUAGGACUAUUGCUGAGGAACAAGCCCGUCAGCAAACAACUACGCCGUCGAGAACUCCGUCCAGAGCUGCCUCGACGUCGCGCAAAGGUGACGAUACUCCAGGCCAGCGCGCAAAGUCCAGGAAGCAAGCUUCAGAUACAGGCGACGCCCCGAACCCAGACCCUGCCGUUUUCGAAGCCGCUUUUGUGAUCGACGAUAGCGAUGAACCGAGCCGAGCUACGACGCCGUUACCCCCUGGUGCAGCCGAUGAGACAAAGGCUGAUGAUGCUACCGAUCGGAAUCAAGCAUCGGACGAGAAGAGUCUAGAGACACAGGGUCCCAAAGAUGAGUCUGGUUCAGGAAAGAGCCAAGAUGGUACAACUGCUGCUCCAGCGACGAAGCCCAAAGAGUUGAGCCCUGAGAUUCGUCAGAAGUUACGCAAGCUAGAGAAGCUGGAGGCCACCUACCCCGAACUUCUUCGAUCUUACCGUGUUGCUCAUAGGCGCGCUACGGCAAUUGAGCCAUUCGAGAAAGCCCUCAGAGAAAACACCCCAUUGACUUCAAUCAGCGAUCCGGAAGCCCUUGUCGAGUACCUCAACCAGCUGAACCUACGAAGCGACAUGGUGAUGCAGGAGCUCAAGAAAGUGUCUACAGACAAGGAUGAGAUCCAGAAAAAGCACAACGCAGUCGAGGAGAAAGCCAAAAAGUUUGAGGAAGAGCUGGCAGCCCUCAAGGCAGGUGGUUCUGCUCAAUCAAAGACCGAGGAAUCAGAAGCUUCCAAGGAUAUACAAAACAUCAAGGACGAAGAUACUCCCCCAGAAGUGCCAGAAAAGUCUAAAUCUCCCGUCUCCUCCGUUAUGGGCAUGUUCUCGCCUAAACACAAGCCCCAAAAGUCACUUUCUGAGGUCACCGAGGCGAAGGAUUCCAAUGAGGACUUCUUCUCAUAUGACAACGAAAUCCCCCAGCUUCAAGCUGAUGUCGCAUCGAAGGCCGAGGAGAUCGAGAAGCUCAAGUCCGAAGUAGACGGUCUCCAGAAGGAGCUUACCACUGUUAAAGAGAACAGCGCUGGUCUAGUCGAGAACUUCGAGAAUGCGACCCGCGAACUUAGCGAGUCCCGCGAUGCUGCUGCUGCCAACGAUUUGCUCCAGACACAGCUUGAUGAGCGCAACAAGGAGAUCGAAUCCCUAAGCCAACGAUUGGAGGAAGCACAAAACCAGCUCAAACAGCUUGAGGAGGAUAAGAAUAAGCACACCACCAAGGUCGAUGAGCUGGAGAUUUCGCUUGCUUCGUCGGACAAGCGCGCAAGCGACCUGGACGCAGAGCUUGCCAAGGCUUCUAACGCCAAGAACAUUUCUAAGAAGCUAAUCGACGACCUCAAUAAUCAGAUCGACACACUAAAGAAAGAGAAGGCUGAAAGUCAGACCAAGAUCAAUGAUCUGACUAAGAAGCUUGAGUCGAAGCCCGCUCCUACGACACCUAAUCCCGCUAUAGCACCGGCUCCCGCAGCUUCUCAACCUGUUGCUGCACCUGCUCCUGCAGCAGGCGGCAACAAGAAAAAGAAUAACAAGAAAAAGGGCAAGGGUAAGGGUGGUGCGGCAGCUCCCGCUCCAGCUCCAGCUGUGGAAGCUGUUGUAGAAACUCCCGAGCCUGCAACCCCUGCCGAACCUGCUGGAAAUGCUGAGCUCGAGGCCGAGAUUACCAAGCUCAAGGAGGAGGUUGCUGAAAAGGAUACUCAGAUCGAGCGUCUGAGCAAUAGGCGGAAGACUGAGGAGGAUUUGCGCGAAGAGAUCGAGUCCCUUCAGGAGAAUCUACUUGCCAUUGGCCAGGAUCAUGUCGAGGCCAAGGACAAGAUAAAGGAACUCGAGGCUGAGAAGCUGGAGCUCAAGACUCAGAUUGCCGAUUUGGAGAAAAAGAUCAGCUCAUCUGAAUCCGAUACCGAGGCGAGUUCCAAACUGCAAAGUGAGAUGGACUCCUUGAAGAUGGAGUACAACGAACUUAAGGAGCAGACUUCUACCCUGCAAGCCGACCUAGGUGCUGCGCAGCAACUGGCCCAGAACCGAUUUAAGGAUCUCACAGAACUACGUGAGGUACUGCAGAAAGCCCAACCUGAGCUCAAGAGCCUUCGCCAAGAGUCUGCUACACUGAAGACUACAAAUGAGGAACUCGCUACUAAGACCAGAGAGCUUAAGGACAUGGAGAAGCGAGAGAAGGAUCUGAAACGUGAUGUUGAACGCGCUCAAAAGCUGUCAUUGGACCGUGAAACUGAGAUCAAGGGUUUGCAGGAGAAGUUGACAGUUGAGACAAACGCCAAGCUUCGUCUCGAGGAUGCUCAGCGGGUAUCUGGGCGAGAUAUUCGCCGAUCCGAAGCCGAGAAGGCAGAGGUUAGUGCAAGGGCAGACAAGGCGGAGCAAGAGCUUAAGACCGUACAGGAGGAGCUCGGCAAGUUGCGACCCAGAGUGAAGGAGCUUGAAGAGCAGGUGCAUAAGUUGAAGCGGGAGAAAACGGCAGCACAAGAGGAGGUUGACUUCAAGUCGCAGCAGUACAUCAAUGCUCAAGGUCUGUUGAGUAGUAUGCGAGACCAGACAGCCGAGAUGUCUGUGCAAUUGAAGGAAUCCAAGUCGCAAGCUGAGUCGCUAGAGGAGGAGCUUGCCGAGGUUCAGCGCCUACUCCAAGAACGCACCCGUGAGGGCGAGACAAUGCGACGAUUGUUGGCCGAUGUCGAUGAACGCGCCGAUAAUAAGGUGCGAGAUAUGAGAGCUCGAAUGGAGGCGGCAGUUGAGGAGCGAGAUCGAAUUGAGGACGAGUCAAGCACCCUUGCACGACGCAAAACACGUGAGACAGAAGACUUGAAGCAGAAGUUGAAGGAUCUAGAGCGCGAGGUCAAAACUUUGACCCACGAAAGAGAUGAGCUAGAGCACCGUGAGAAGGAGUGGCGUCGACGAAGAGAGGAGCUUGAGUCGGUGGAAGAGAAGGCUGAGGCUGAAGCGGAUGAGCUCCGAACAACAGCAUCGCAACUCCGUACUGCUCUAGACGCCUCAGAGAAGCAAGUUCGUGACGUGGAGAAGCAGCGAGCUGAACUGCGACGAAUGCUAGAGGAGUCACGACAACGGUAUGAGAAGCUAUCCAAGGAUCUCAAGGCCGCCCAGACCAAACUUGUGGCCAACUCGAGUCGCAGCUCAUUCGACUCUGUACGGAGCGGAAGCAACGGCUCGCCAGCAGCUGCUGGUGCCCCGGACACGGUCUAUCUCAAGACAAUUUUACUGCAGUUCUUGGAGCAAAAGGACACCAAGCUCAGGGCACAACUUGUCCCGGUGCUCGGAAAACUAUUGCGCUUUGACAAGUCGGACGAACAAAAGUGGCAGAAAGCAGUACAACAUAUUGAGGUUAAAUAG